AUGGGCAAUCAGGUGUAUGGAUCGAACACGAAAAAGGACAAUCUCACUUUGGCUGAAGCUAGACAAUAUGUGAGCGAUGAAGAAUUUGAGCGGCUACGACGGGCGUUCAUUCGCUUCAAAAAGAAUGGGCUCACUUUUGACGAUUUUCGGUAUCACGUGCUUGGAGGGGCAAGAAUUCCCCUCUCUGCAGCUCGCCUUCUCUUCAGUUAUUUCACAAAAGGAAAUGAGAGCCUUUCAUUUGAAAAUCUUGUUUGUGCCCUUGUUGGGAUUUGUCGUGUUGAAGUCGUUCAAGCCAGCUUUGCAGAAGAAAAUCCCGAUUUUGUGUCUUGGGGCCUUCUUCCACCAAUGUUAACCGCUCCUAUACAUGAUGCUUUCAUUUCUUUUUAUGAAGUCAUGUCAUAUGUAACACAUUUAUCUGUCGAGGAAGUGAGAGAACUAGAAAAAGUGUUUGCAACGAUUAGCGAUCGUGGCCAAUGCACAAUCACGAAAAAGAAUUGGAAUAUGGCGGCGGCAGAAUGUUUUCCGGAUUGGCUUGUUUCUGGGUUGUUCAAAGUUUUCGAUGAGAAUGGGAAUGGAUCAAUCGAUUUCCGAGAACUCGUUUGUGGAGUUUCGGCAAUGUGUCGUGGACCGUCACCGUCGCGCUUUUCAUUUCUUGCAAAGCUAUGGGACGAAGAUAUGGACGGAGUACUUUCGCCAGAAGAACUCAUCAUUCUUUAUGAGAGACUUGCCGUUCCAUCAUCAAAAAGAACGAUCUCCUGUAGUCGUGGUGAAAAUGCGGCUCCAGUAGAUUUUGCUGCAUGGGCGAUUAGUGAGGGUUCAGAAUUUGUUGAUGAGCUAGCGGAUAUGGCUCUUGAGAUUGGCCAUAUUUGUCUUGGUUUAAGGCCUGAGAUGUUAGAAGUUGAACAUCAAGUGAUCAGUAAUCUAUUGGAACGAGUUCGCGACUAUUCAAUCGCUGAAUGGAACAUUGUGUCAUCACAUUGGUAUGCCGAGUGGUCAAAAACGAUUUUGUCCGGCACUCGUCCGCCACCAGUCAGCAAUCGAGACAUUUGUGGGACGAAAGAGGAUGGAGCAACUAGCUCAAUGGUCGCUUGUAUCACUGCUGAGUCAGCGUGUCUCCGAUCGAAUAUUAACCCGUCUGAGUUCAUCAAAGUUCCACCAGUCAUGUGGAGAGCGCUUUUACGGUGGCAUGGAAGUCAACAAUCUAUCGAUGGACAGUUCACUCGUCGUCUGUUGCCCGCUGAACUUUCAGAUACAGGAAACCCUCAACUCGAACUUUUCCCACUUGAUGUGAUCAUCAUGAGACAUGAAAGAAGGAAAUCGGCAAUUGGACGUGAUGAGAUAGGUCAAAGCCCAUGGGCGUAUGCUCAAGUUUCUCGGGCUGUCAGUAUUGGGGAAUUGCUUCAGCUAGCUAAACAAGAACUUCGAUUGAAUGAUGAAGAGGCUCGGCUAUGGCUUGUUACAAAAAAAGACGAAAGAGAGCAAAGACGUGAAAGCAAAGAAGGAAUCCGUUUAAGCGAUAUGAGCUCUAAGGAAGGAAGACAAGGAACGGGGACUUCAAGUGAAAAUGUUUUGCUUGACGAGCACGAGUGUUCUCUUCACGAAUUGGGUUCUCUGACAGGCAAAGAGCUGAAGCUUCUUCUUGAAAUUCGAGAUCGCACAACGGGAAUUUGGCCGGAAGAGGCGCGAAUCGCAGCAACGGGUUCUGGGAGCAUUGGAACAGCUUGUGGAGAAAGAGAAGGGAGUAGGCCUGGAUUUGUUGGACUUGUAAACACUGGGAAUUAUUGCUAUCGAAAUGCGGCUGUUCAGUGUCUAGCACGAGUCUCACCGUUGACUGAAUACUUGCUCGAUGCGGGAAAUAUCACAACACUUAACAAACGAGAGUCAAAUGUGAGUGUGAAAACAACGCUCGAGUAUUCGAUGCUUCUUAAAGAAAUGUGGACCACAACAAGGAAAAACAUCUCACCGAUUGAUUUCAAUGAGGCUUUAAAAAACGCACAAAGUUUUAUGCCUGGAGAGCAGCAUGAUUGUCAAGAAUUUGUAAACUUUAUGCUUGAGAAUAUUGCCACUGCGUUAACAGAACAGCUGAAAGUUCAAAGUAAACAAGAAGACGAAGAAGAGAAAAAUAAAGUAUUGGAAAAUGUUGUGGAAAAGCCGAAAAUUAGUGAGAGGCAAAAGGCGACAGAGGCAUGGCUUCAUUUCAUCGAGCACAACAAUAGUUUAGUUUCAAAGCUGUUUGCAGGACAACUAAAGUCAUCUCUUGUCUGUAAAUCGUGUGGCGCGUCUUCUUCAGUUUUCGAGCCAUUCACUUCACUCUCGUUACCAAUUGGCUUCGACAAUGCUGAGCUUUUUCAAGUGAUUGUGGUACGAAGGGACGGAUCUGUGCCGACGAGAUAUGGCUUUAGGCUGCCCCGAGAAGCAAAUAUACGAGCGUUUAAGGAAUCAAUCUCCGAGGUUUGCUCGAUCACCCCCACUCGAAUCGCCAUGCUUUGUAUGAGCAAUAAAGGCAAUUUAAUGCAGUGUGCAGCCGUCUCAGACAAUGCUUCUGUCACAACAUUUCCAUCAGGGGCCCGGGUCUAUGCAAUGGAGUUGCCCGAGAUUGAAGAGAAACACGCGUGGACUGUGGCCGUGCAUCGGAAGCUGCAAUACAACUACGAGCCUUAUUUCCUCGGCGCAACUUCUGGCUUCAUUGUCAACGUGUUCGGCCUUCCGUUGAUAGUCCCUCGAUCGGAAACUCUGAACGGUUCAUCGAUGUAUGCCGAUGUUUGGCGUCAAAUGUCUCGUUUCAUCUCGGCUCAACCACUUCCUUUCUCAAGCCGAGCCGCUGAUCCAUGUGAAGACUCAUCUUCUGGUCAUCCAUUCACUUUAAGCAUUGUUGAUUCUUCUCUGCAAUGGUGUGCUCUUUGCCCGCCUCUGAAAUUCUGUCGUGGUUGUCAGAUUCGCGCUGAUGCAACCAUUCCGAUGAUUCCACAAGAGGCGUGCAUUGCAGUUGACUGGAUGCCAACAGCGCUCUACUUACGAUAUAAUCUUUCGGAAGAAAGGAAAUUUGAUGAUGAUGCAUCCGUUGAACAAACUUGGCAAAGACAUUACAGUCCUUCAUCGCUUGAAGCAUGUUUGGAGAAGUUUAGCUGUCCUGAGACUCUCGACUCGUUGAUUGAAUGUGAGCACUGUCAACAAAGAACUCGAAGAGAUAAAGUGAUGACGAUUUGGACUCUGCCUCGAUAUUUAAUCAUUCAAUUGAAACGCUUUGAGUAUCGGAGAGAAGAGGGACGAAUCGGAAAGUGCAAACGAGCGGUCGAUUUCCCAUUGACUGGAUUCGAUCCAACACCGUUUGUCGACUCAGCGAGAGAAUCCACCGAAGGACGAGCCGCUUUGUAUGAUUGCAUUGCUAUAUCGACUCAUUAUGGUCAGCUGGAAUCAGGACAUUUUGUUGCUUAUGCUCGAACUGAAGAUGGGCAUUGGCUUCUCUUCAACGAUUGUACUGUCAAGGAUGUGCUGAGUGAUGAGGUUGACCGAAGCAAUGCCUAUCUGCUUUUCUAUGAACGAAAAGGUGCU